AUGCCUGAUCAUUUCAGAGAAUCUACUCUCAUAUCUCUGACUGACACAGUCACUCACGACCAUGAUGACGACUUGCAACCCCCUUCCCCAGAUUCUGCUACUGUGCUCUCUCAUGAUAGAGUUAGGAGGAUGACAGAUCCCCCGACUUCCCUCCCUACUUAUGGCAAGCCUUUGCCUGUACGAAGAAAAGAAACACUUGACCCCCGCAUUGUACCUCCAAUCAUACCACCGGAGCACUCGCAUCGUACACUCGUUUUGUGUUUCGAUGGUACUGGGGACCAGUUUGACUGUGAUAACUCGAAUAUCGUUCAAUUCGUCUCGCUUCUGAAAAAGGAUGACUGUUCAAAGCAAAUGGUUUACUACCAGUCAGGAAUUGGAACAUAUACUUCACCGACGAUUGCAACGCCGCUUUUGUCGACCAUCACCAAGACUCUCGAUCAAGCUGUUGCCCUUAACUUGGAUGCUCAUGUCAUGGAUGGAUAUGAGUUUCUCAUGCAAAACUACAUGGAUGGUGAUCGCAUAAGCAUACUUGGCUUUUCAAGAGGGGCCUAUACCGCCCGAAGUCUAGCGGGAAUGAUUCACAAAGUGGGGCUGCUUCCCGCAGGUAAUUGGCAACAGGUACCAUUCGCAUACAAGAUGUAUACGCGAACAGACCAGCUCGGCUGGGAACAGUCUAAUGCUUUCAAGAAGGCAUUUUCUGUCAAUGUGACGAUCGACUUUGUCGGCGUCUGGGAUACCGUUGAUUCCGUGGGAUUGAUACCUAAGCGACUGCCCUUCACGGUUUCCAACACGAUCAUUCGUACUUUUAGGCAUGCGGUCUCGUUGGAUGAGCGCCGCGCAAAGUUCAAGGCAAAUCUGUGGAAUCAACCCAAUAACAAGGAUAAGAGAAUGGAGGCGGCGUCUCGAUGCGCUGUUGGUGACACACCUCCUGAACCAACUGAUAGCAAGAAGCAAGAAACGAAAAGGAAGAGCGUCGGCCAUGUUGAACAACCUUCGUUUCAUUGGUUGGACGAGGAAGAAGAGGAGCUUGCAGAUUUUGAAGGGCAAUUUUCGGCACGGAUCGAGGAUAAGCCUACCGAUGUCGAGGAAGUUUGGUUUGCAGGAUGUCAUUCUGAUGUUGGCGGUGGAUCGGUCAAUAACUCGACAAGGCAUUCUUUGGCUCGGAUUUCACUCCGGUGGAUGAUUCGAGAAUGCUUCAAGGCCAAUACAGGGAUCAUGUUUGAUUCCCGUCAACUCCGAAAAGUAGGACUUGACCCCACUACUCUUUAUCCUUUUGUCACCCCGCGCCCGUCACCUCUUCCCAGCACCACUUUACGAGUUCUGUCCGCGUCAGGCGGAGAGAAAAAACAUUGGUUGAAGCGUCUCUUCUCAAAACGGCCUGUGGCCACAACUGAAGAGGACCAGGAUUAUCCUGUAGAGAAGCCGGGUCCUCUAACUGAAGAAGAAGAGGACCUUUGGGACGCCAUGGCACCGAUUUACGACCAGCUCAAAUGGAAUCCGAUCUGGUGGAUACUUGAGCUUAUUCCUAUGACAUUCUGUUACCAGAGAGAUGACGACAAAUGGGGUACAUGGUUCGGAAUGAAUCUUGCACAUCCCCGUGCCAUUCCAAAGCACAAGACGAACGGUAUAAAAGUACACCGAAGCGUCCAAUUACGUAUGAAAGCUUCGGAAGGGAAAAAGUACGUGCCCAAGGCAAGGUUCUCUCAUGAACAUGCAACAUGGAUCGAUUGA